AUGGCGACGGCGAGGUGUAUUCGAUCAUUGACGACACGCCCAACCGUGGCGCUCAAGCUCAGACCCCAAAUCCCAGUAUUAGUCACCGGUAUCCAACAUCGGAAUGCCUCUUCCAAACACCCUAAAGGCUUCGAAGCACCAACCUCAACGGAUCUUGACGAACUCCGGGAACGAGUCCAGGAAUUCGCAAGAAGAGAAAUAUCGGAGGAGGUUGCGUCCACAACCGACAAGUCCAAUGCCUUCCCCAACGAGAUGUGGCAGAAGCUUGGAGACGCGGGCUUUCUUGGGAUAACCGCGGAUGAAGACGUUGGUGGUUUAGCCAUGGGCUACCAGGCACAUUGUGUUGUCAUGGAAGAGAUAUCGAGGGCCUCGGGCUCCAUUGGGCUGAGCUACGCUGCACACUCACAACUUUGUGUGAACCAACUACAGUUGAAUGGGAAUGCGGAACAGAAGAAGAAAUUCAUGCCAGGAUUGAUCACCGGAACGAAGAUUGGCGCUCUGGCCAUGUCGGAAAGUGGAGCUGGGAGUGAUGUUGUUAGUAUGAGGACAACGGCUAAGGCUGUUGACGGCGGCUACGUCCUGAACGGUACCAAGAUGUGGAUCACCAACGGGCCGGAUGCCGACCUUAUUGUUGUCUACGCGAAGACCGAGCCGGACAAGGCCUCGAAAGGCAUUACAGCAUUUUUGGUUGAAAAGAAGUUUGAGGGAUUCAGCUGUGCCCGCAAACUCGAUAAGAUGGGGAUGCGUGGGAGCAAUACCGGAGAACUGGUCUUCGACGGAGUGUUCGUCCCGACGGAAAAUAUUCUCGGGGAGAUCAACCGUGGUGUCAAAGUUCUGAUGGAAGGCUUGGAUCUCGAACGGCUUGUCCUGAGUGCUGGUCCACUUGGAAUAAUGCAAGCCGCUCUGGAUGUCACGCUUCCAUUUACCCACCAAAGAAAGCAGUUUGGAACACCAAUUGCCCACAACCAAUUGGUUCAAGGCAAGCUUUCGGACAUGUACACAAAGCUCCAGGCGUCUAGAGCAUAUACUUAUGAUACCGCGAGAAAGGUCGAUGAGGUGGGCCUGAUCCGCACCCAGGAUUGUGCUGGUGCUAUCAUGUAUGCGGCGGAACGUGCGACAGAGUGCGCGCUUGAUUGCAUACAGCUGCUGGGUGGGAUGGGCUAUGUUGAGGAGAUGCCUGCCUCGAGGCUAUUGAGAGACGCGAAGCUAUAUGAGAUAGGUGCAGGCACUACCGAGGUUCGGAAGAUCGUGAUUGGAAGGGCAUUCAACAAGGAGUACAGCAGCUAUGCAUUAUGA